GCUCAGUUUCUCUCGAGACGCGGAAGGAAGUGGUCGCUUACGUCUCUCGCGCUCUCGGUGAUGGUCUGUGACUCGGCUCGUGCGUAGGGCUUCGUGACGACUUCGUGUUUUUUUUUUUUUAAUUCUUAAAUGCUUGUGUCCCCCCCCUCCCCCCCCCAAAUCCGAUGUGAUGCAGCCGCAGGAACGGACGAUGAGGGUCAAGUUCUGCAGCAUGGCCCAGCAAGCCGCCCUCGUGUGCGCCGUAAUGACAGUCUUCGUGCUGGUGUUCCACAACUUGGCGCAGGAGACAGCUGAUCCCAAGGCGGCGGCGGCGGGCCCUCGCCUCUCGCCUGUCCAGGGCUGGCCCGAGCGAGCCCCCCGCUCCCUCGGCAGGGACUACGAGCUCCCGGGGGGCGAGAACACCCUGCAGGACGGCCAGGGCGAGGGCCAGACGGGGGCGAGAGCGGAGGACCCUCUCGACGGGGGCGACGACGAGGAGGAGCGCAGGAAGGGCCUCCUGAACGCCCUCGUCGCCACCGCCACCGCCAAGCCCACCACCUCGCUCGACGACAUCUUCAUCAGCGUCAAAACCACCAAGAAGUUCCACAAGGAGCGGCUCGAGAUCCUCCUCAGGACCUGGUUCAAGCUCGCGCCCCGCCAG